AUGGCAGACGACCUGCAUCCUUCGUUAGCCCAAUGUGCGGUGGUAGCUACCGCCUUCAAAGUGCUACUCUUCCCUGCAUACAAGUCGACGGAUUUCGAGGUCCAUAGGAAUUGGUUGGCGAUCACGAACAGCUUGCCAGUGCGAGAUUGGUACUACGAGAAGACUUCGGAAUGGACUCUCGAUUAUCCUCCGUUCUUCGCAUACUUCGAAUGGAUCCUCUCCCAAUUCGCCAAGCUGGUGGAUCCGGAGAUGUUGAGGGUGUACAACCUACAAUAUGAUAGUUGGCAGACGGUGUACUUUCAGCGUGCGACGGUUAUUAUCACGGAGCUUGUACUGUUAUACGCGCUUCACCUCUUCGUUCAAAGCGCCCCACCUGCACUCAAACGUCCGUCCCAUGCCGCGGCUCUCUCAAUCCUUCUCUCGCCGGGUCUUUUGAUCAUUGACCAUAUCCAUUUUCAGUAUAAUGGCUUCCUGUAUGGCAUCUUGAUUUUGUCGCUGGUGUUGGCGAGGAAGAAGUCAACGACUCUAGCAAGCGGCCUCCUUUUCGCGGCUCUCCUCUGCUGCAAGCAUAUAUACCUCUAUCUAGCGCCAGCGUACUUCGUAUACCUGCUUCGAGCGUAUUGCCUUGGUCCAAAGUCAAUCUUCCAUAUCAAAUUCGGCAAUUGUUUGAAGCUAGGCACAGGGAUUAUUGCUGUAUUCGGAGCUGCGUUUGGGCCAUUCGUGUAUUGGGAACAGAUACCUCAGUUGCUGAGUAGAUUGUUCCCCUUUUCACGGGGUUUAUGCCACGCUUAUUGGGCUCCCAAUAUUUGGGCAAUGUACUCUUUCACUGAUCGUAUUUUGAUCUAUGUUGCCCCGCGGCUUGGUCUAGCAGUCAAUCAAAACGCCAUCAACAGCGUGACUCGAGGACUCGUCGGAGACACGUCCUUUGCUGUCUUGCCCGAGAUUACACCAAGGACGACGUUCAUCCUAACUCUCUUCUUCCAGAUCCUCCCCCUGAUAAAGCUCUUCUUCGACCCCACCUGGGACACCUUCGUUGGAGCUGUAACACUCUGCGGCUACGCCUCCUUCCUGUUCGGCUGGCACGUCCACGAAAAGGCCAUUCUCCUGGUGAUCAUCCCCUUCUCUCUCCUCGCGCUCAAAGACCGCCGCUACCUAGGCGCUUUCCGGCCCCUCGCCGUCGCAGGCCAUGUUUCCCUCUUCCCCCUCCUCUUCACGGCGGCCGAAUUCCCCAUCAAGACCGUCUACACGAUAUUCUGGCUCGUGUUCUUCCUCAUGGCCUUCGACCGGCUCGCGCCGGCCAGCAAGCGUCCCCGGAUCUUCUUACUCGAUAGGUUCAGCCUCCUGUAUAUCGCCGUGAGCAUCCCGCUCAUCCUGUAUUGCUCGUUGGUGCAUGGCGUGGUGUUUGGCGACAAGCUCGAGUUCCUGCCCCUGAUGUUUAUGAGCUCCUACUCGGCGGUCGGGGUCGUGGGCAGCUGGGUCGGCUUCUUGGUGGUGUAUUUUACGAGUUAG